CGGACACACGUAAUUGCGUGAGGUGCGGUCCUCCCGUAUAGUGUUAUGCACCUGUCUUUUCCUCAUCUACGUACCACGUGGCGUACCACGUGGCGCAGCGGUUGGUCAAGGACGACUUCCACGUUGACGUGUCAUCUUGGUGCCGAAAGAUGGGGAUCCGAUGGAUUGCUCGGCUGGAUGCCUUCCCAAGGACGGAGGACCAUCUCAUGCAGAAGACGAAGUCUGGUGCUGUCGUUACCCUGGGUGGCGUUUUUAUGAUGUUGGUGUUGUUCCUCCACGAACUGCGGUUUUACAUCACGCCAUUUGAAGUGCAGGAGAUGCAAGCUGACGUGACAAGGGGAGAAGAGCUGCGCAUUCAUCUGAACAUUACUUUCCCGUCCUUGCCUUGCCAAGUACUUAGCCUAGAUGCGUUGGAUAUGUCGGGCAAGCACGAGGUCGAUCUUCACACUAACAUCGUCAAGAUUCGACUCGAUAGGUAUGGACGUGAAUACCAUGCGGAAAUGGUGACCGAUUUGAAUGAAAAAAAAAAGCGCCCACACGGCCACAAUCACCAUGAUGAAGACGAAGAUCAUCAAGCAAUUGACACCAAUCUCGAAAGCAUUGGCGAAAUCAGACGUGCCCUAGACGAGCAGGAAGGUUGCAGAGUGCAUGGAUACCUAGAUGUGCAGAGGGUUGCGGGCAAUUUCCAUGUGUCUGUCCAUGGGAUGAGCUACUUCGUUCUCUCCAAGGUGUUUGAUGAUCUUGGUAUGAUCAACGUGAGUCAUCUUAUCCAUAAGGUCUCGUUUGGGCCCGAGUUCCCAGGCCUUGUCAAUCCGCUUGAUGGGUUCGUGAGGCUGCUGGAUGGCAGAGGCAACCCGCCAAUGGACAGUGGUACGUUUAAGUACUUUUUGAAGAUUGUACCUACGGUUUACCGAGAUGUGAAAGGAAAGGAGACUUCCACAAAUCAGUAUUCGGUUACAGAGUACUUCACUCGCGCCAAGAAGGACUCGACAAUCCCGGCAGUUUACUUCUUGUAUGAUCUGUCGCCCAUCACGGUCACCAUUACAGAGACAAGAAGGAACUUCUUCCAUCUAAUAACUCGCAUCUGUGCUGUGAUUGGUGGUGCAUUUGCUGUCACCGGAAUGUUCGAUAGAUGGACUUACAGAUUGCUGCAGCUUCUGGAAGCCUAAAAGCCUAAGCCUAAAAGCCUAAAGCCUAAGUCGCCAGGGCAUGUCGCUGGGGAAUUCAGCAGCAGCUCCCGGUAGUGUGCCUAGUGCCUAGUUCCU